CGAGAUAAUGGAGGAGAAAGAAAAUCUCUUCCACUCACAAAAAGUACAGACCUUCUUGAUCUUCACCCCCAAUCGACUUAGAUUACUUCUUCCUGGAAAAUAAUCGAGUUUAACAGUCAGUGAACAAUCAAGUGGGUUUAACGACAUGAUGCUUAUCCGUCAAGCCAUCUGUUUCUGUCUCUUAGCAACCUUUCUACAUCCCACCAGGGGCGGGACGGCCCUGCAUCCCACAACCUCCAGUGGUCUGUUCCGUGUCGGUCUGAAGAAAAGACGGCUCGAGCUCGAUGAUAUUAGAACCGGCAGAGUGAUCAGAAAGCUGAAACAUUCACAAGGAGGACUCGCAUGUUACCCUACUCUUGGAGGUGAUUCUAGUCAAGAAAAUCAGGUUAUUCUUAAGAACUACCUAGACGCUCAAUACUAUGGAGUUAUUGGAAUCGGUACACCUUCACAAGAAUUCGAAGUUAUAUUCGAUACCGGAAGUUCCAACCUCUGGGUUCCAUCUAUACAUUGCAAAUUUCUAGACUUGGCUUGCUGGGUCCAUCACAAGUACAAGUCUAGCAAAUCCAAAACAUACACAAAGAACGGAAAGCCGUGUACUAUAACAUAUGGUUCGGGAUCCAUCUCUGGAUUCUUUAGUCAAGACAAUGUGGAAGUUGGUGGUCUUGUAGUUAAAGAUCAGGAGUUUAUCGAAGCUACACAUGAAGGGAGUCUCUCUUUUCUCCUAGCAAAGUUCGAUGGACUAUUCGGGUUAGGGUUUCAGGAGAUUUCAGAGGGAAAUGCUGUGCCAGUUUGGGACAACAUGGUGGGUCAAGAACUAGUGAAGGAGAAAGUUUUCUCAUUCUGGCUAAACCGUGAUGCGGAUGCUGAAACAGGAGGUGAGAUUGUGUUUGGUGGUGUUGAUCCUGCGCACUUUAAAGGCAACCACACUUAUGUCCCUGUCACUAGAAAAGGCUAUUGGCAGUUUAACAUGGGAGAUAUCUUUGUCGGAGAUAACUCAACUGGUUUCUGCGAGCAAGGAUGUGAUGCAAUCAUGGACUCAGGAACUUCAUUACUAGCUGGACCAACUACGGUAAUCACGCAAAUCAACCAUGGCAUUGGUGCUACGGGAGUUGUUAGUGCGGAGUGUAAAAUAGUAGUUUCUCAAUAUGGAGAGAUGAUAUGGGAUCUGUUAGUCUCAAAGGUACUACCUAGUCUUGUGUGUAAAGAGAUCGGUCUCUGUGUUUUUGGAAAACAGACGGGAGUCAAAUCGGUGGUUGAGCAAGAAGGAUCAUCAGUUUUAUGUAAGGUCUGUGAGAUGGCUGUUGUCUGGGUUGAAACACGACUGAAACAGAAAGAAACCAAAGAGAAAGUGUUUGAAGACCUGAACAAGCUUUGUGAGAGCUUUCCUAGUCCCGCAGGAGAGUCAAUCAUCGACUGCAACAACAUCCAAAACAUGCCAAAUGUUACAUUCACAAUUGGAGGCAACCCCUUCUCUCUCACCCCUCAACAGUACAUUCUCAAAACUGGAGUAGGCUAUGCUGAGACGUGCAUAAGUGGGUUUUCAGCUUACGAUUUGCCUCCACCGACUGGUCCUCUUUGGAUUCUUGGGGAUGUCUUUAUGGGAGCUUACCACACGGUAUUCGAUUCAGGCAAUCUUCAAAUUGGUAUUGCAAAAAACGCAUAAGUUUAUGUACACCAGUUUAUCUACGUAAGUUCGUUGUGUUUUAUUAAUGACUCAUGUACCAUACUACCAUUUACUCCAUGUAUUGUCUCUACUAGAACUUCAAACAUAUUCUAGAUUCUACUGUAUCACUCUUUAGAUGUAA